GGCCCUGGGCAGGCGUGCAGGCUUUCGGCUUUGUGUCUAGGCCAAUGGGUGGACAAGUGGGCCCCUGCAAGCUCAGGUGUUGUAGCCCCAGGCAUCUGGUCCCACCCAGCGCUGUGGUGGGUGUGGUGGCCUGGUCUCUGGGGCAGGCACAGCCUCUACCCUGUGCUGGACGGGAGCCCAGGACAGUUUUCUGCCUUGUAUUGGCUGAGCCCUGGCUAAGCCCUACGCUGCUAUGAGCUGGGUACACCUGACACCCAGGUCUGCCCACCUGCGCCCCUGCUGGGAGAGGCAGAUAGAGCCCUAAACUUGGCCUCAGGGCCCUGCACAGGCAGGCACUGCCUCACUUUUCCUCCUGCACUUCCUCUGCUCUUCCCCUGCACUUCCUCACCUCUUCCCCCUGCACUUCCUCGCCUCUUCCUCUGCACUUACCUUUUCCUCCAGCACUUCCUCAGCUCUUCCUCUUGCACAUUCUCACCUUCCUCUAACACUUCCUCACCUCUUCCUCAUGCACUUCCGCAGCUCUUCCCCCUGCAUAUCCUCAGCAGCUCUUCCUUCUGUACUUCCUCACCUCCUCUUCCUGCACUUCCUCACCUCUUUCCUCCCUGUACUUCCUCACCUCUUCCCCCUGCACUUCCUCAGCUCUUCCCCCUGCACUUCCUCAGCUCUUCCCCCUGCACUUCCUCAGCUCUUCCCCCUGCACUUCCUCAGCUCUUCCCCCUGCACUUCCUCAGCUCUUCCCCCUGCACUUCCUCAGCUCUUCCCCCUGCACUUCCUCAGCUCUUCCCCCUGCACUUCCUCAGCUCUUCCCCCUGCACUUCCUCAGCUCUUCCCCCUGCACUUCCUCAGCUCUUCCCCCUGCACUUCCUCAGCUCUUCCCCCUGCACUUCCUCAGCUCUUCCCCCUGCACUUCCUCAGCUCUUCCCCCUGCACUUCCUCAGCUCUUCCCCCUGCACUUCCUCAGCUCUUCCCCCUGCACUUCCUCAGCUCUUCCCCCUGCACUUCCUCAGCUCUUCCCCCUGCACUUCCUCAGCUCUUCCCCCUGCACUUCCUCAGCUCUUCCCCCUGCACUUCCUCAGCUCUUCCCCCUGCACUUCCUCAGCUCUUCCCCCUGCACUUCCUCAGCUCUUCCCCCUGCACUUCCUCAGCUCUUCCCCCUGCACUUCCUCAGCUCUUCCCCCUGCACUUCCUCAGCUCUUCCCCCUGCACUUCCUCAGCUCUUCCCCCUGCACUUCCUCAGCUCUUCCCCCUGCACUUCCUCAGCUCUUCCCCCUGCACUUCCUCAGCUCUUCCCCCUGCACUUCCUCAGCUCUUCCCCCUGCACUUCCUCAGCUCUUCCCCCUGCACUUCCUCAGCUCUUCCCCCUGCACUUCCUCAGCUCUUCCCCCUGCACUUCCUCAGCUCUUCCCCCUGCACUUCCUCAGCUCUUCCCCCUGCACAUCCUCAGCUUUUCCCCCUGCACUUCCUCAGUUCUUCCCCCUGUACUUCCUCACCUCUUCCCCCUGCAUUUCCUCACCUCUUCCCCCUGCACUUCCUCAGUUCUUCUGCCACACUUCCUCAGCUCCUCCCCUGCACAUCCAUCAGCCACUUAGAAUCCUCCGUACCUGCUGUUCUCGCCGACGUGUGCUAUCUCCCUGUCUCUCUGCACAUGGCACUUUGGACCCAUCUGAAGUGGUGUGUUCCCCCACUCACCAGCUGUGGGGUUCCCUACUUCUCUUGUCGUUCCCACUCAGAUUUCCCUGCCCUCACUGGAGCCUGUAAGUCGGUCUGAUUCAUGGGUGUCCUGGGAGUCCCGAGGCCCAGAGCAGCUCAGCAAGCAGAAGGUGCCAUCAUGGGGGAUGGCUGAGAGGAGAGGCCGCACCCCCAGCCCUAAGGGCACAUGCUC